AGUGUAGUAGUGUGCAGUUUGAACGCAGCCAGCGCCUCCCUCUACUGACACAUACAGUCUAGCUUGACGUCUACUCAAACACACACGCUCGGGGACGUACAGUUUUCUCAAGUGCAACGCUCUUCCAUCCUGUUUAUCUGGGAUACACAAUCUGUUGUUAAGCCAAAGAGACUUCGAAAACAUGGCAGAGAGUGACUGGGAUACAGUGACUGUGCUGAGGAAGAAGGGAUCCGCGGCUCAGUCCAAGUCCAAACAGGCUGUAAUUGCUGCCCAGAGACGAGGGGAAGAUGUUGAGACUACGAAGAAGUGGGCUGCUGGGCAGAAUAAGCAGCAUGUUGUAACCAAGAACACAGCCAAACUGGACAGAGAAACAGAGGAACUCCACCAUGAACGAGUAACUCUGGAAGUGGGUAAAGUCAUUCAGAAGGGUCGGCAGGACAAAGGCUUAACUCAGAAGGAUCUGGCCACGAAAAUUAAUGAGAAGCCUCAAGUAAUCGCAGAUUAUGAAGCUGGGAAGGCCAUCCCCAACAAUCAAGUAAUGGGAAAGAUUGAGAGGGCCAUUGGACUUAAACUGCGAGGAAAGGACAUUGGCUUGCCUCUUGAUCCAGUGCCCAAGAAGAAAUGAGCAAAAAAUCCUCGAAAUCCACCACUUAGCCUACAGAAUCCCUUCACUUUUCAGGCCUUGUAGUCAGUCUUCACAUUUGCUGCUCAUUAUUCCCUUCCUCCUAACAGUAAUAAAACUGAACUUUCCA